CAGGAAUAUCUUUGUACACUUUCCUGUUUGCAUACUCCAUGGUCGCCACAUCCCUAUUUAAAAGCGCGGAGAGACGUGACGUUUGCGGAUCAGACUAUUCGGGUGUGAUCUACCCUGAUAUAAAUUCUCACUGUCGGAUCCCAGACACAACUUAGCGCAGCUGUAAGAGGUAACACAACAGAGAAGCUCAACGAUGAGUCAAUCAUGAAUCUGGAAUUAACAGGAAUGAUGCCAGUCAAGUUCUGCUGUCUGCUUUGGGUUGUAAUUCCGAAUCUGUUGACAUUACAGUGUUCCCCACAGCAACAUUCCGACCUUCAGAAAUGCAACAUUUCCCAUGCAGCCAAUGAAACAACAGUGGACUGCUCACGUUGUGGUUUCAACAGAGUCCCUCGAGGCUUUCCCAGAAACACAACCGAACUUUAUCUGGGUAACAACAACUUAUCAAGCCUCAGUAAAGGAUCACUGCCCUACCUUCCCUCAUUACAUACGCUGCUUGUGAAUGAUAACAACCUUGAGUUUCUGGAGGAAGGUGCUCUGCAAAACCUGCCUGCCCUUCGACGACUGAACUUAGAUGGGAAUAGAUUUAACUUUACCUAUUCCUCUCUUCCUCUUGGGACAUUUCAAAACCUGACAUCCCUGACAACACUCCGUUUGAGCAGAAUGAAGAUGCAGUUUUCAUCAUUGACAUAUCCUGACGCUACAUUUGCUGAUCUUCACUAUCUCGAGUCACUGGUCAUUGAUGGGCCUGAGGAACCCGUGUUUGGACCUGGCUUUGCACAACUGAAGAGGCUACAGAGUCUCAGUUUUGGAUCACCUUGCCUUAUUAGACGUUUAGGGAAAGGCUCCUUUGUCAACUUCAGGGAAGCACCUGUCAGCAACCUAUCAUUGUCAGGGUGUUAUGAUUUUAUAUCUUUAGAUGACAAUGUCUACCUUCCUUUUCCCUAUCUUAGAUUCCUAUUUGCGAGAGACACCACUCCCUUUGGACUGCAUCCGUCUUUAUUAAGCUUAAAAGGAAUGAGUGGAAGGAAUAUGACCGAAAUAGACUUUUCACAUGUCAAGAGAUAUGAUACCACCAUUCACGGUGUGAUGCACAAUCAAACACUCGUGCUCACGUCUGAAAUGACCCGUUACCUUGUUACCAUAUGUGUUGAGCGACUAAUUCUUAGAGAUAAUAACAUAGUGGUAAUCGAAACUAUUGCGCUAUUUCAUGAACCAUUUCAAAGCUGUCUAAGAUAUUUUGACCUCAGACAAAAUGCUGUAGUUGGUGAGCCCAGCCUGCUGUUUUAUCUUCCUGAAUUCUAUAACCUUGUUGUUCUGGAUGUGUCAGAGCAGUCCCAUCAUUUGUAUCUUCGUGAUGGACAAGAUCAACAUUCCAAAGACGUACUUGGGGAAUCUUUGGGAAACAUGACAUUCUAUCUUCCUCCAUUAUUGGAGACACUUUUAUUGAGUGGGUCAGGUUCACAUGAAAGACAUUUAAAGGGAACUAACAUAUGUUUUCAUGGAGGUGAACACUUGACAUAUUUGGAUCUUUCUUAUUCUGCUUUGAUAACGAAUUCAGGGCAUAUUUAUGGGGUAAAGCAUGUAAAAUAUCUUGAUUUUACAGGGAAUUUCUUUCAAAAAAUACCGUUGACAUUUUUUCAAUCAUUCCCAAACGUCAUGAUACUGUAUCUAAACAAUGUUCACUUUGAUACUGAUUUAAUGUCUAAUGUGAGUUCCCAGACACUGUUUAGUCCGCUCGAAAACGUCCGUUCAUUAGAUAUAUCCUUUAACUCUUUACACAAAAUGUAUACACAUAUAUUCAGGGAUCUUAAGACUUUGAAAUGUUUGAACUUAAGCCAUAAUGUGUUUGAAGAUGUCCCUAUCGAAUUGUCUGGAAUGUUAAACAUCACUCAUAUUGAUCUUUCAUUUAAUUCCAUCGGUGUUCUGAGCACAAAUACAAGAACAAUGUUAGAUGAAAGGGUAUUUGAUUCGCAGCAGAUUUCACUUGACCUUCAUGGAAACAUCCUGUCCUGUGGAUGUGCAGCCUUGGACUUUCUGACGUGGAUAAUUGACACAGAUGUCCAGUUUCGACGCUUUGACUCGUACAGUUGCCUCAACACGGACAUUCAUUCUCAGCUAAAUGAAACUGACCAGGUCGACACAGUAUCAAGCAGUACUGAUGCAUCUCGGCAGUCAAGGUCACGCCCAGGUCCUUUCUUGGUCAAAAUGACUUUUCCAAAUAAACAGAGAAAACCAAAACGCUCGUGUGCACUGAAAAGAGCAAAUACAAAAGUAAAAGAGUUGACUGACCAACUCUCUAGCUACAAAAAGAAGCAACAGAAAUGGAAGAAACGAUAUCAGAGGAUGAAGGCGAAGUAUGGGACAUCCAAACAGACUAGCCGCAACAAUACUGAAAAUAGCUCGGAUCAGACGACAGGCAGUCUUCAACAACAGUCUGAAGCAACACCUUCAACAAAAACCAGACAUGAUCUCCGGGAAAACGGUGUGAGUCCCAGUCACUUGCCAGCCACUGUUGUUAGACAAUUAACAAUGGCUAAUGUACUUUUUGGAGAAAUUAAAGAAAGUGUCGCAGCCAACAAAAAGCAAAGCAAAAUGAAUGUGAUGACAUCUCUUGUUGGAGGGAAAGUACUUAAGAAGUACAGAUGUGUGUCGGGUUUGAACAAGGCUACAGGUUUGUCACGAAGAAGUUUAUCUCGGACCACCUCUAAGGUAAUAGAGAUUCGAGGAAGAGCCCGUCUCACUCUCGUAAGAGAGCAGAUUAAGAGACUAAUUGUCUCAUUCAUGGAGAGAGAUGAUAUCAGCGUAUGUAUGCCAGGCAAAGCAGAUUCCAAGAGCCUAAAUGGUGUCAAACAUCAAACAAGAAUAAUGAAUGAUUAUCUGUCUGAGGUGUAUGCUAAGUUCAAGAUUGAAAACCAGAAUAUGAAACUGUCUUUUGCAUCAUUCUGUAGGCUACGGCCCAGAUACAUCUUGCUCACAUCACACAUUUCAAGAAACACUUACUUAUGCAACAAACAUCAGAAUAUGGCCAUGAAACUCAAAUGUCUGAGAAGUGUUGGAUUACAAGUUCCAAAAUCACCGGAUAUGGCGUAUGACAGUGUAUCCGUGGACGCAAUGGAUCAGAUGCUGGAAACUAUUCAGGAUGACGUUGAAUAUGAUGAGUGGAGGCGUGUGGAUGUUGAGGGGAAAAAGAAAAUGAAGGUGGUGAAGAUAAUAAAGAAUGCCACUGACUUCAAGAAUUAUAUGCUACUUGAAUUUGCUGAGUUCCGUGACCACGUUGGAAGAGUAAAGUCGCAAUAUGCAGCUAUCCAUGAGUUGAAGGAUACACUCCCAGAUGGCCAUAUCAUCAUACAGAUGGACUUUGCUGAGAACUUUACAUGUUCCAGCAUGGAUGAAAUCCAAAGUGCAUACUGGAACCCAACAAAUGUCACGCUUCACCCUGUAGUGGUCUACUACAAGUUGGACAAACUGGUACACAAAAACUUUAUCUAUGUGUCUGACGUCAAUCAGCACAACUCGACUGCGGUACUUACAAUCCUAAAACGGAUGUUACCUGAACUGAAAACCACUUUCCCUGAUGCAACGCAUGUUCACUAUUGGACUGAUAGCCCGUCAUCACAGUACAGAAAUCGGUACAUGUUUGAUGUCAUUCUGAAGCAUAAGGAGCUGUUUGGGCUUGAGGCACUUGUUGGCAGAUUUCUGGCUGCCAUAUAUGAUGGUAACUGGUUCAUCGGGAAGGUUCUCGAAGUUGACAUAGAUGAUGGCGAUACCAAAAUAACUUUCAUGGAGAAAACACAAGACAAAGGCAAGACCUACAAGUGGCCAUCUCGUCCUGAUGAAAUUUGGAUAGAAUUUGACGAUGUGCUCUGCUUUAUUGAUGAACCGGUCGCUAUUGGCAAAACAAGGCGCCAGUACAACCUGAGAAUCAGUGCGGAGGGUCAGCUCAUCAAACUUUCAAACAUUACUAGUUCCUAUGGGAGACACUGGAGAUAUUGCUCCGCUAGAUCUUGGCUUGCCUUUUCGGUUUGUUUGAUGUGUGUUCUGAUUUCUGGUCUUGUUAUUUGUCAUUUGAUAUUGAAAAAUGCAAUCUCUUUAAAAUACUGGAUGUUGAGAUUAAUAGCGUUCGAUUAUUGUGUGCCAUGCCGACAAGAUUAUCAGUAUGACAUAUUUAUUUACUAUUCUCAACAUGAUGAUUAUCAGUGGGUGUGUACCACCUUUCUACAGAAGAUGGAGGUUGAGAGAGGUCUGCGACUGUGUAUUCCAGACAGAGACUUCGAAGUGGGCGUUUGUGCAGCUGAGGAAAUUAUUAACUGUAUUCACAACAGCUGGAAGACUGUCCUGUAUGUGACCGAGACUUUCCUUCAGGACGAGUUGUGUUCUUUUACACUGUCAUCUGGGAUCUAUGCAUGCAACAAUAACAUGCCUAAGAGACUAAUGCUUCUAUAUUCGGACGCUAUUUUAGGUAACCUGCUCCCUCCAGUACUCACUCAGCUACUGGAUGGAGAUGGUGUGUUUGUUCUAGAGGACUUGGAGGAAAACAACGCCUGGCAACGACUCUUUGAACAUGUUUUGAGAUGGAUCUGAACGUACGUCCUCCAGACGUACGUCUGCUAUUUCAAAAAUUAUUUUUGAUGCGCUUGAGUUUAUUAAACAAUAAUAAAAUAACAUAUAUACAAUAAACAUUUAUAACUCUAUCCUAUUGUUUUCCAAUGGGCAGAUCAAUAGGGCAGUUAUCACUAAAUGUUACCAUAGAUAUAGCAAGAUCUCUGUUUUCAAAGUUUCAGGAUACUUAAAAAGUGACAGGCAAAUAUCAUUUGACGUUUACUGAGAGAACAAUACUUGAAAUGCUGGACUUCCUCAUAUGAAUUGAUAUACUCUUAAAAAAAGAAACGCAAUACGGAUAUUGUUGGCCAUAAAUGCAAACUUAGCGGACCAAGAUCAACAUGAUCACACCAAAGACAAGCAAACCAUUAGUCGGGAAACACGUACGAUUCAGAAAAACGCACCCAUUGCAUUAACAAAAGGGCAAUGGAGCUGCAGCAGCACCAUAAACGGUAUUAAAGUGCAGGGUUUUUGAUUGCCUGGCAUCUGCG